UCGGAGCGGGCCGACGCCGAGAUCAACCUGGGCUGCCUGCUGUACCGGCAGGGGCGGCACGAAGAGGCCGGCGGGAAGUUCGCGGGCGCCAUGCAGGUGCUGGGCUACUGCCCGGAGCUGUCCUACAACAUGGCACUCUGCUGCUACGCCACCAAGCAGUACGCCCCUGCCCUCAAGCACAUCUCCGAUAUAAUCGAGCGCGGCAUCCACCAGCACCCCGAGCUCAGCGUGGGCAUGACCACCGAGGGCAUCGACGUGCGCAGCGUGGGCAACACCCUGCUCCUGCACCGCACGGCCCUGGUGGAGGCCUUCAACCUGAAGGCUGCCAUCGAAUACCAGCUGCGCAACCUGAAGGCGGCUCAGGAGGCACUCACUGAUAUGCCGCCGAGGGCCGAGGAGGAGCUGGACCCGGUCACGCUCCACAACCAAGCGCUAAUAAACAUGGACACCCAGCCCACAGAGGGCUUUGAGAAACUGCAGUUUCUUUUGCUGCAGAACCCCUGCCCCCCAGAAACCUUCGGAAACUUGCUGCUUCUCUACUGCAAGCAUCAGUACUAUGACUUGGCAGCUGAUGUGCUGGCAGAGAACGCCCAUCUAACCUACAAACUGCUCACACCUUACUUGUACAACUUCUUGGAUGCCGUUAUUACUUGUCAGACUGCCCCUGACGAGGCUUUCCACAAGCUGGAUGACGCAGCAGGGAUGCUGACCGAGCAGCUGAGGAAACUCACAAAACAAAUACAGGAAGCUAGACAAAACUGGGACGAUGAAGCUGUAAAAAAGGCUGUUAAUGAAUAUGAUGAGACUUUGGAUAAAUAUAUACCCGUCUUGAUGGUCCAGGCUAAAAUUUAUUGGGACAUGAAGAACUACACAAUGGUAGAAAAGAUUUUCCGCAAAUCAGUGGAGUUCUGUAAUGAUCAUGAGGUAUGGAAGCUCAACGUGGCUCACGUACUUUUCAUGCAAGAAAACAAGUACAAAGAGGCUAUUAGCUUCUAUGAGCCAAUAGUUAAAAAGCACUAUGAUAACAUUCUUAACGUUAGUGCCAUUGUGUUAGCUAAUCUCUGUGUUUCCUACAUCCUGACAAGCCAGAACGAAGAUGCAGAGGAGCUGAUGAGGAAGAUUGAGAAGGGGGAAGAGCAACUGUCCUAUGAUGAUCCUGAUAAAAAUAUCUACCAUCUUUGUAUCGUCAAUCUAGUCAUUGGUACUCUUUACUGUGUGAAAGGAAACUACGACUUUGGUAUUUCGAGGGUCAUUAAAAGCCUGGAGCCAUACAACAAAAAACUAAGCACUGAUACAUGGUAUUAUGCCAAAAGAUGUUUCCUGUCCUUGCUAGAGAACAUGUCCAAGCACAUGAUCAUGCUACGUGACAGUGUCAUUCAAGAUUGCGUCCAAUUUCUGAAGCAAUGUGAACUGUAUGGAAGAAACAUCCCAGCCGUCAUUGAGCAGCCCCUCGAGGAGAACAGGAUGCACAGUGGGAAAAAUACCGUUACAUACGAAGCCAGGCAUUUGAGGGCACUGAUGUAUAAAAUUGUGGGAUGGACUGCAUGAACAAUGUUCCGGUACACUAAAAA